AACCAAAUGAAGAAUGAAGAAGCAAAAUAUCAGAACUUUAUCGCUGAUUGUUGUCACCUUCACAUAUUUGCUUGUUGGUGCAGCAGUGUUUGAUGCACUUGAAUCUGAAACCGAGAAAAAACGUUGGGAAGCUCUACAAGCAAUCGAAGACAUGAUCGUUAAAAAAUAUAAUGUCAAUCAAGAUGAUUUUAAAAUCAUCGAGACCGUGAUAUUGAAGACGGAACCCCAUAAAGCGGGGAAACAAUGGAAGUUUACGGGAGCAUUUUAUUAUGUUCUGACCGUACUUACGACAAUCGGUUAUGGGCACUCAACUCCUUCUACCGUAGGAGGAAAACUGUUCACAAUGUUUUAUGCAAUGGUUGGAAUUCCCUUAGGACUUGUGAUGUUCCAAAGUAUCGGUGAAAGAGUCAAUAGACUGAGUAGCUUUGUAAUACAGACCGUUAAGAAAUCACUGAACUGUCGGAAAACGGCAGCUACGGAAGUAGACUUAAUUUGUGUGGUAACCACAUUGUCAAGCCUAACCAUUGCCGGUGGCGCUGCUGCUUUUUCAAAAUUUGAAAAUUGGAAAUAUUUCGAUUCAGUUUAUUACUGUUUCAUUACAUUAACAACGAUUGGUUUCGGUGAUAUGGUGGCAUUGCAGAAAGACAAUUCACUAAACCGACGACCAGAGUAUGUUCUCUUCGCACUCGUCUUCAUUUUAUUCGGAUUGGCGAUCGUUGCUGCUUCCUUGAACUUAUUGGUUCUUCGAUUCGUCACGAUGAAUACUGAAGAUGAGAGAAGAGACGAAGCUCAAGCAAUUCAAGCGCUUCAAGGCGCUGUGAGAUUAGAAGGUGACGUGAUAACAGCAAAUGGUUCCAUCCUUAGCGGUCAACUUGGCCAUAGAAUUCACAUUGAUCCCAAUGCAACAUAUUAUCCCCAAUUACAACAAGCUGAUUCUGCUUCCCUUGAGGGUGACAGAAAUUCAAUGUGUUCGUGUUCAUGUGCUUGUUUCCGUGCAACACGACAACGACAUCAAAGAUAUCACAUGAGAAAACCGCCUCCGUUCUAUGUGCAACCAAUGCCAAAGCCCCGAUUUGAUUUUCGUGAUGUAAAUAAAGUGCAUCUUAAGAACAUUUCUUUAUCAGCGUCGUCACUACCACCCGUCGCCCUUUUUCCAACACAAGAGAAAUCCUCGAAAAUUCCUGCGAUUACUGAUGGCGCUUAUGAUUUUCAUAAUUCGCAGAACAAUAUGCACGAUGACAUGUACAAUUUCUACGAUGAUGAACACACUCAUGAGAUGCGUCAUCAGUCGUUACAAUAUUUAGAUGACUUCUAUCCCAUCGCGGAACAUCAUUUCUUUGACGAUGAUCAUCAUGAUGACGACGAAAUAAGUGGACCACCGCAAAUGACCACAACAACUACCAUUGCUUCCUUUAAAUUCCAAUCAAUUGCUCCACAACUGAAGCAACAUUCAACCACGGUUGCACUUAAUCGAGCUUCUUCACUUUAA